CUUUUAUUUCAUAUUUCAAAAUCACUGAGCCAAGUAGACUCUGGCAACAGCUUAUAUAGCUUAUGUAAACGGCGUGAACGAGCUGUCUUCAUUUAUUCACCAUCUUCGAAGCAAAUCGAGUUUCCCAUUUAUAAAGGACUCAUUUUCCUCUGGUUGUCACACAGCAUCACGACCGUUUAACACGACAUGGAUUUGGACUUGGCUUCCGCUGUAGAUGGUGAGGUAAAAAAGCAAGAUGCCUCUGGCCAAGAACAGAACUCCCUCUUUGGAUUAGGGAAGAAGAAGGACAAGGACCACGACAAGUCCAAAGAUCACAAGAAGGACCACGAUAAGUCUAAAGACCACAAGGGAUCAAGUGAAAAGAAGGACAAAGAGCAUAAGAAAGACAAGGGGCACAAGGAGCACAAGGACAAAGAGCAUAAGAAGAAAGACAAGAAGCACAAAGAGCACAAGGAGGGGUCAGAUUCCUCAUCCAGCAGCAGUGAGGAUGAACAGAAGAAGAAGCAUCACUGAUUUGGUUGUCUGGAAGAGCUCCUUGUGCCAGUUUAGCUGUUAUGUCAGUGUUCCUUUCUCCAGCAUUAGUGCAUCAUAUUUACUGUGCAACUGAGCAACAUUAACAUGUUAUUGCAUUUUUUUCAUUUUAAAAUUGAAAAUUAAAACAAGUAAGAAAUAGUGAA